AUGUAUCUUUACCUCUCCUUAUUCUCGCUUUCUGUACUACUUGUUAUGCUGACAUAUCGUUACCGCGCCGCCGUCGUACCGCACAUCCCAGCCCGCGUGCGAGCAUUAUUUCCUCAUCUGAACAACUACGUUCCUCUCUCCACAUUCUCCGAGCAGGCCAGCGCUGGUCUUUCGUCUUCGGCAUUCGAUAUUGAAGCUAAUAUUCAUGAUGGCGAUUCGAGGACGGGGCUGGACGAGCGGGGGACACAGGAGGUUAUGGAGAUUAUGAGGCGGGAACGCGUCAACUUUGAUCAGGCUCGUCUGAUUCGACAUAACCGCAUCCUUGCUGCCAAUGGAAUAGACCCCUCUGGCAUGCCCAUGGACUCCAAGGCGAUAACACACCUCUAG